GGAAGUGCCUAGGACGGUUUGUUAUUCUGAUGGCCGUUUAUUUGACUGUAAUCUGUUCGGACAGAAUUACAUAAUAACAAGUCAGCAUAGCGGAGUGCUGGGGCUUCAAAACUAUUCGGACAGCUUUUAACAAUCAGUGCUUUAAUGCAAUCGGAGAGAGUGUGUGCGGUGUGUAGCCGGAGCAGCGUGGGUUAAAGUGGGCCUUGCCCGGAUAUCUGCCAAGCAAAGCUAUAGACCAUCAGAGAAGAUAACUGUCACAUCAAACACCAUCCAGAUCCCUGCUACCGUUUACAUUUACAGCAUUUAUACUGGAUCUGACAGCACUAGAACCUCUUACUGGACUCCACAACAAUUACACAAAUGGCAGACCUCAGUGAAGCUCUGAAGACCCUGAAGCUCUCGACAGCAGACAGUGCAUCAGACAGUGUGGAGAGCUGCCUGGACUGCCUGCUCAAAGCUUUGGCUCAUAACAAUGUGGAAGCCAGUGAAAAAAUCCAGGAAAUGGGUUUUUUGCCCAGUUUGCCCUCUUUAUUGGCCGCACAGAACUCCUGCACGCCAAAAGUAGCCAACAUCAUAGCAGAAGUGGCUAAAAAUGAGUUCAUGCGGAGUCCCUGUGUGGAAGCUGGCUUGAUCCCCCCAUUGGUUCAGCUGCUCAACUCUAAGGACCAGGAAGUGCUGCUUCAAACCGGUCGAGCCCUAGGCAACAUCUGCUACGACUGCCAUGAGGGCAGAAGUGCAGUUCAUGAAGCGGGCGCUGCUCAGAUAGUAGCAGAUCACAUUAACGCCCUGGCUCAUAACACUGACCCGGCCACCGGGAAGCUCUUGACUGUCUUUUGUGGCAUGCUGAUGAACUAUAGCAAUGAUAAUGACACAUUGCAGGCCCAGCUAAUUAGCAUGGGAGUAAUCCCCACUCUGGUGAAGCUUCUGGGAGUGCACUCGCAUAACACAGCACUUACAGAGAUGUGUCUCAUUGCCUUUGGAAACCUGGCUGAACUGGAAUCGAGUAAAGAGCAGUUUGCAUCUACGAAUAUUGCUGAGGAGUUGGUGAAACUGUUCCGGAAACAGGUGGAACAUGAUAAGAAGGAGAUGGUCUUCGAGGUACUGGCUCCUCUGGCUGAGAAUGAUGCAAUAAAGCUGCAGCUGGUGGAAGCUGGCCUGGUCGAGUGUCUGUUGGAUGUUGUUGCACAGACGGUGGACAGUACCCGAGAGGAGGACCUGGCUCAGCUCAAAACAGCCUCUGAUCUCAUGGUCUUGCUGCUGCUGGGAGACGAAUCCAUGCAGAAGCUGUUUGAAGGCGGUAAAGGCAGCGUGUUUCAGAGGGUUCUCUCCUGGGUUCCAUCAAACAACCACCAGCUUCAGUUGGCUGGAGCACUGGCUAUAGCUAACUUUGCUCGUAAUGAUGGGAACUGCAUCCACAUGGUAGACACAGGCAUUGUGCAGAAGCUGUUGGAUCUUUUGGACAGACAUGUUGAGGAGGGGAAUGUUACAGUGCAGCAUGCAGCUCUUAGUGCCCUGAGGAACUUGGCUAUCCCAGUGGUGAACAAGUCUAAGAUGCUCACAGCUGGUGUAUCUGAUGUGGUGCUGAAGUUUCUCCAGUCAGAAAUGCCACCGGUUCAGUUCAAGCUGCUGGGAACAUUACGAAUGCUCAUCGACACACAAGCUGAUGCUGCUGAACAGUUGGGAACAAACCGUAAGCUGGUGGAGAGGUUGGUGGAAUGGUGUGAAGCUAAAGAUCAUGCUGGAGUGAUGGGGGAGUCUAACCGCCUGCUCUCAGCUCUUAUUCGACACAGCAAAUCAAAGGAAGUUGUACGGACAGUAAUUCAGUGUGGUGGUGUAAAGCAUCUAGUGACCAUGGCAACAAGUGAGCACAUGAUCAUGCAGAAUGAAGCGUUGGUGGCCCUGGGUCUCAUCGCAGCACUAGACUUGGAUUCAGCAGAAAAGGAUUUUGUGGGAGCCACUCUGGUGCAGGUCCUACAUAAGCUGCUGAGUGAGGAGAAGAGUGCGCCUGAAAUUAAAUACAACUCCAUGAUCCUCAUCUGUUCAGUCAUGGGCUCAGAACCACUGCAUAAAGAAGUCCAGAGCCUGGCAUUUAUUGAUGUGGUGUCCAAACUCUGCUCUCAUGAGAACAAAACGGUGGCUCAGCAGGCAUCGCUAACAGAACAGAGGCUUACAACACAGAGCUAAAAGACUCUUCAACACACACACACCAUGCACACACACACACACACACACACACACACACACACACAUUCUCUGCCUGCGAACCCCUCCUAUACUCACUCUUAACCUACUGACUGUCAUUGUCUCCUACUGUCAUGUGCCAAGGUAUUCAGUCCUACUCAGCCUCUCUGCUAGAACUUCUCUCUCACAGCUCUUUUAACGCAUGCAUUUACUACUUCAGACAUCGUAGACAGCCUUUUGCAAAAGGUUGUGUGAAUGACAUAUUGGUGUGCAAAAGACCUUAGCUGUGAUAAACAAAGCACUCACAUCUUAGACGGAAACUGCAAAAAAAAGUAGACAAUAAGUUCACGAGGGCUAGAAGAGAAACUAGCGUAGCCAUAUGUCCAUGCUGUGUAACGUUCAUUUGUUCUGUGUAGCUUGAGUACCUGCUGAUUUCAAAAUUUGCAUGUUUCUGAAUAGUCUUAUUUAAUGCGGUAUCUGUUCUCCGCUAGCCAGACUUUGCUCUUAUAACCCCCCACCCUCUGUUUUCCACCUUCUCUGAUCUUCAACCUGUACGAGUAGAGAUCAAAAUGUGGUUGUACUGUAUAUGGGAUAUUAGGACCUGAAAGAACUCUUAACAUUUAACUUUCAGGCCUGAAUGCCACUGGUUCACAUAGAUGAAGUCAGUUUACUAGAAAAAGAGCUAAUUCUGUAUUACUGUUGAAUUUGGAAACAUGAUUUACAGUCGAUGUUGAAAAGAGACAA